CCGGACAUCGGGUGGCCGCUCUGCGCCGAUGGAGCGUUUGAAUAAGGGAAUUCUUCACUGAUAAAGAGCCAGUGCUGAGGAAGUGUCUCACUGGGGAUGGAGCAGUUACAGAGGGAGCAUCUCACCAAGCCAGUAGUAACAGUUAAAAUCGGUUCACUGCACAAUGUCAUUUACACUGCGGUGGAUAUGUCAGCUAGGACCAAGGGUCUACAAGUGUUGUCCACCCCUUGUACAAUCAGCAGUCCAGCGUCGAGUCAGCCACCCGGCUCUCUGCAGGCAGUGUGAGGCCCUGUGCGUAACUCCGAGCCGACUACUUGCCACCAAAAAGACCAAAGUGAAAUCCAAAGGACACGCAGGACCUCGAGUGAACAUCAAUGCUGCUUUAGUGGAGGACAUUAUCAACCUAAAUGAAUUAAAACAAAAUAUGUUGGAAAUCGUAGAGAAUCUUAAAGAUGACUAUGGGAAGAGUCUGAGCAUAAGAACCUCUCCAGGUGCUUUGGAUCAUAUAACAGUUACAACCAGCAGUGGAAAAUUCCCAUUAAACCACUUGGGACAAAUCUCCAUGAAAUCACCUCAACUCAUUUUAGUAAAUAUGACAAGUUUCCCUGAGGCAACAGUGGCUGUCACCGAGGCCAUAAGGGAAAGUGGAAUGAACCUGAACCCUGAAGUGGAUGGAACUCUGAUCAGGGUGCCAAUUCCUAAGACUGGAAAGGAAGGGGAAGGAAGCCAGGAUAAGGAGGUUGAGAGAGGAGGAAGGAGUACAAGCCUGCAGGUGAUAGGAGAGACCAGGGUGACCAGAGAGCACAGAGAACAUCUAGCCAAACUUGCAAAGCAGAUAACAAACAAGUCAAAAGAAUCUCUGCGAAAACUGCGCGCCAAUGCCAUUGCACAAGUUAAGAAAUCAAAGGAUUCUGUCUCUGAAGAUACAAUCAGACUGCUGGAGAAGCAGAUUCAACAGAUGACAGAGGAUGUUACUGCUGACAUGGACAAACAUCUUGUGGCUAAAACCAAAGAACUGCUGGGGUGAUCAGAAUGGGGGAAAUGUGCGAAAUGAGUUGGGAAUAAGCAAAGCCUUUUCCCUGUUCCCUUCCCCCACCUCUAUUCCCGAAAACCCAGUGCUCCAGUUUGUAAGUACUGGCAGUCGGAGAGUUUAUUCCGGAGACCGUUUUCUUCAUGUUCCUAAAGAAAGAUUUGCAUUUAAUUACUUCCUUUCACACAGUCCAAAGCUCUGAAGUACUUUUGAGGUGAUAUCACUGUUAAAAUGCAGCAGUCAGCUUUAAGCAUAGCGAUCUGCCUGGCUCAGCUGAAGAGUUCGAGAACACUGUGUUAUCUUUCAGCCCACAGAAUCUUGGAAGAUCCUUUCAUCGGAUAGGGCAGACAGAACCUCAUCUCUCCUGAAGGAAGGCACCUCUGACUGUUUAACCUUCCCGUGGCACUGUACCCGUAUGUCAACUCGUACUCAGCUGUCCAGCGUGAGACCGGUACCCUUAACCAUCUGACUGGGGUCCACAGACCCCUUGGUAAAUGAUACUGGUUUACGGCAUAAAAAAGGUUGUGAACCCCUGAUCUAACUCCACUAAUACACGUUACAUAGCCUGUGAACUUUAAUGAACUAUGGAACAUGGAUUCUUUCUACAGAGCUGUGGGUGCAGAACCCCUGCCCAUUAUUCUCCUCACUUCUCGUUAACUGAGGACAGGGUGCGCGUCGAAUUUCACCGUUACUGAUCUUUAUGACUCAGAUAACUACUUUCAGAAUAAUGGUCUGCAGGUUAUCUCCUGAGGAGGUGAACAAUUCUAUAAAUGGAAGCUUUCCUCUCCUCCUUAUCCUCAGUCCUGCAUCGCACCAUGCUACGGAAUGGUCACUGAAGGUACUCUGUAUAGUGAUGAGGCUCGAUGCAUCUUCAUUCUACAUACUUGCUGCUUUAGUGCCACAGCAGGGUAACAGUUAGUGUGAUGCUAUUGUAGCUCGGGGCAUUGGAAUUUGAAGUUUAAUUCCGGUGUCCUCUGUAAGAAUGUGCAUUCUUCCCGUAUGUGCAUGUGUUUCUUUCGGGUGCUCCAGUUUCCCCUCUCAAUCCAAAGGGUUACCAGUGAGUAGGUUAAUUGGUCAUUGUAAAUUGUCCUGCGAUUAGGUGGUGGGUUACUGAGCAGCUCUGCUCGUUGUGGCGGGAGGGCCUGUUCUGCAUUGCAUCCCAAAUGAAUGAAUGAAUAGAUACAGAAAAUGCAGUUGACAUUUCUGACCAAUGUGCCUCAGUAACUUCAUUCAGUGACGCAGAAUAAUUCAGUUUAACAAAUGUGAGAAGAAGCCUGCACCAUUUUAUCACUCGAAUAAUGAUAAUAAUUGGUUCUUUUAUAAUACUACCAACAGAAAUUGUGAUUGUAAAAUAAUUGUUCUUUUCACAAAAUUCACUUCCAGAAAUCUAUAAACAAUAUCAGCUGAUGUAUUUCUUAAAUUAUAAAGUCAUGGAUUGCUCAGGUCCUACUGAUUUGCAACAGGUGACUCUGGAAAUAAACACAAACAACUUUAUCUGACAAUAUUUAAUGUUUUGCAUCAAAAUCAUGUAUUUCCUGAAUAAAUAUUUCAGU